AUUGAUAGCAGAAGGAGAUCAAUCAUUCAGGUUUCCUUUGUUUUGGAGGUUGGAAGUUUAAGAUUUUGAUUCACUUCAAAUUUUUGGUUAUGGGUGUUCUGUUCCAAUUACGAAGUGUGGUAUCUUUCCAUGAAUACCGUAGCAGGUUUGUUAUCUAAAUCAACUAAGCUUCUUCCUGCUCUUUGCUCCUGGUUGUCGUUUUACUUUCAAACCGACAAUUAGAAUGCUGAAGGUCUAUGAAUUAGAGAGAGUUUCGGUUCUGGGGUUUACUGGAUUUGUUUUACUGUUAGCUCUUUUCCUGCCUUCUGGUUCCGAAGGAUUAAACCCGGAGGGACAGCUCCUCCUGUUACUGAAGAGUAGCCUUCAUGAUGACUUCAAUUAUCUGGGUAGUUGGAAUUCUAGUGACCAGACGCCAUGUGGAUGGAUGGGUGUGAAUUGCACACUCGAUUAUGAUCCAGUUGUAUGGUCCCUCAAUCUAAAUUCCAUGAAUCUCUCAGGUACCCUAUCACCGAGUAUUGGUGGUUUGUUCCACUUGACUUACCUUGAUUUGUCGUUCAAUCAGUUCUCUGGGAGUAUACCUAAGGAGAUUGGAAACUGUUCGGUUUUGGAGCUUCUUAGUCUGAACAAUAAUCUGUUUGAAGGUCUUAUUCCUAUUCAAUUGGGUAAUCUAUGUAAUUUAAAAAAUUUGAAUAUAUGCAACAAUAAACUCUCUGGACCUUUUCCAGAGACGCUCGGGAAUCUUUCUUCCUUGGAAGAAAUUGUAGCGUUCACUAACAAUCUCACUGGGCCACUGCCUCGUUCACUUGGGAAUCUCAAGAGAUUGAAAAUUUUUCGAGCAGGUCAGAAUGCAAUUUCUGGAAGCCUACCAGCAGAGAUUAGUGGAUGUGAGAGCUUAGAAGUACUGGGUCUUGCACAAAACUCUUUAGGAGGUGAAAUACCUAAAGAGCUUGGAAUGCUUGGGAACUUGACUGAUCUGGUCCUUUGGCAGAAUCAGGUAUCUGGGGUUAUUCCAAAGGAGCUUGGGAAUUGUACAAACCUCAGGACUUUUGCUCUGUAUGAGAAUGAGCUUGUUGGUGGAAUUCCAAUUGAGAUUGGAAACCUGAAAUUUCUGGAGAAAUUAUACCUCUACAGAAAUGGGUUGAAUGGGACGAUUCCAAAGGAAGUUAGCAAUCUUUCUCUGGCAACAGAAAUUGACUUCUCUGAGAACUAUUUGACAGGAGAGAUACCAGUGGAGUUCAGCAAGAUAAAGGGUUUACGUUUACUCUACCUUUUCCAGAACCAGCUUACGGGUGUUAUCCCUGACGAACUUAGCAGCUUGGUGAAUUUGACUAAGCUUGAUCUUUCAAUUAAUUACCUCACUGGUCCUAUUCCUGUUGGAUUUCAAUAUUUGAGAGAACUACUCCAGUUGCAGCUCUUUCAAAACUCACUAAAUGGUAGCAUUCCUCAAGGCCUUGGGGUUUAUAGCCAACUUUGGGUGGUUGAUUUUUCAGAGAAUCAGCUAACUGGACAAAUACCCCAUCAUCUGUGUAGACAGUCUAACUUGAUUUUACUGAAUCUAGGUUCAAAUAUGCUGAAUGGAAACAUCCCUACCGGAGUUACAACAUGCAAAUCAUUGGUGCAACUUCGUCUCUCUGGAAACAGGCUUACAGGGAGUCUUCCUUCUGACCUAUGCAAAUUGGUCAAUCUCUCUGCUGUUGAUUUGGACUCAAAUAACUUCGGUGGGCCUAUUCCUCCUGAAAUUGGGAACUGCAAAACAUUGCAAAGACUUCACCUAUCAGCUAAUUACUUCAUGUCUGAGUUGCCAAGAGAGAUAGGAAAUCUUUCCCAGUUGGUUAUCUUUAAUAUCUCAUCAAAUAUGCUUACUGGGCAAAUACCACGAGACAUCGUCAAUUGUAAGAUGCUUCAACGACUUGAUCUAAGCCAGAACAAUUUUGUCGAUGCUUUACCAUAUGAACUUGGAACCCUUUCACAGUUGGAGCUUCUCAAACUUUCAGACAAUAAGCUUUCAGGGAAUAUUCCCAUAGCAUUAGGGAAUCUAUCCCACCUGACUGAGUUACAAAUGGGUGGUAAUGCAUUUUCUGGUGGCAUACCGCCACAAUUGGGUGCUCUUUCAAGCUUGCAGAUUGCUAUGAAUCUUAGUUACAAUAAUCUUUCUGGGGAAAUACCGCCAGAGCUUGGGAAUCUCAUGUUACUGGAAUUCCUCCUGCUGAACAACAAUCACUUGACUGGUGAAGUUCCUGACACAUUUGGAAAUCUGUCAAGCUUACUGGGGUGCAAUGUUUCGUACAAUGACCUAACUGGAUAUUUACCUUCCAUUCCACUGUUCAAGAACAUGGAUGUCAGCAACUUCAUUGGCAACAAAGGGCUAUGUGGUGGACCUCUUGGUGACUGCAGUGUAUCUCUGUCUUCACCCUCUUCCCCAACACAAUCAAAAGGUGUUGCUGCCCCUGUGGCUAAACUCAUCGCAAUAAUUGCAGCGGUUGUUGGUGGGAUUUCUCUCAUUCUAAUUGUAAUUCUUGUAUACUUCAUGAGGCGUCCAGUUGAGAUCAUUGCUCCUUCUCAAGAUAAACAGCCAGCUUCUCCUGUCUCAGAUAUAUACUUUUCCCCGAAGGAAGGGUUCACUUUCCAGGAUCUGGUUGAAGCCACAAAUAACUUUGAUGACAGUUUUGUUAUUGGAAGGGGGGCUUGUGGAACAGUGUAUAGGGCUGUUAUGGAAUCUGGACAGAUAAUUGCUGUGAAGAGACUUGAAUCUAAUAGAGAAGGAAACCAUGUUGACAACAGUUUCCGUGCUGAGAUUUUAACAUUGGGAAAGGUGAGACAUCGGAAUAUUGUGAAGCUUUAUGGCUUCUGCUAUCACCACGGUUCCAAUCUUCUUCUCUAUGAGUACAUGGCGAAGGGUAGCCUUGGUGAGUUGCUUCAUGGGGAAUCCUGUGGCCUCGACUGGCAGACACGGUUCAUGAUUGCUCUAGGGGCUGCUCAGGGGCUUGCUUACUUGCAUCAUGACUGUAAGCCUAAGAUCAUUCACAGAGACAUAAAGUCAAACAACAUUCUACUUGAUGAUUGCUUUGAAGCUCAUGUUGGGGAUUUUGGAUUGGCUAAGGUGAUAGACAUGCCACAAUCCAAAUCAGUGUCUGCAGUCGCAGGAUCAUAUGGUUAUAUUGCCCCUGAAUAUGCAUUCACCAUGAAAGUUACUGAAAAAUGCGACAUCUAUAGCUAUGGGGUUGUUCUAUUGGAGUUGCUGACUGGCAGAGCACCAGUACAACCACUAGAACAAGGAGGUGACCUUGUUACGUGGGUGAGAAAUUAUAUUCAGAACCAUUCUUUGACAUCUGGGAUUCUUGAUGCUCGAUUAAAUUUAGAAGACAAGAGUACUAUUGAUCACAUGAUUACUGUCUUAAAAAUUGCUUUACUCUGCACCAUUAUGUCACCUUUUGACCGCCCGACAAUGCGAGAAGUUGUGUCAAUGCUGAUUGAAUCUAGUGAGCUGAAAGGGGACUUUAUUUCUUCUCCAAUUAAUGAUAACCUCCCUUUGAAGGAUGACUUCUCAUGAUUGAAUCUACUGCCUUAAAUUAAAUUAAUUAUUCUUUUUUUGUUGCUGAUUCUUCCUUGUAUGAUUUACAAAAAAUAAAUUGAUAAAGUUUCUGUACAUUAUCUU